UCACACUAACUUAAACAAUAUUGAGAUUGGUAUAACAUGCGUAGAUUCGACUCUCGGUCAGAUUUGGAGUUAAAUUCAAAUUAUACUUUGACGGAUUGAGAACAAGGAUCAAUUGAGACGUGACAUUUAUGGGAUAAUGUUUGUGCCUUGAAAACAAGAAUUGAAGAGGUAAACAAAACUAUAAAUAAGACCAAACAGAGAUGUCUCAACACCAAAUUGGCAGCACGGUGGACGGAUUUUAUAUAUUUAAACCAUCCAACUUAAAAUACAACCGAUAACGUAUGAAUGGGAUACCUUCAGCUUAGAUCUUAAGAUAUAAAAUACUUGACUGAGUUAUGAGCGAUUCAUCGACUCGAAAAAGAUAAUUGAACACUUUAGUUUGAACACUAAACGUCAAUUGUCUUUGAACAUUUUUUAUUGGGAUUGCAACACAUUCUGAGACUUCUUCACCAUGGCAACGGGUGAUGGUCAUGGAUCUAUCCCAGUGCGGAGCAACAAGACAACCCAACUGCGAAAAAUGACGACUAGGGGAGAAAAGGAUUUGGGUGAUUUUACUAAGAUUAGAAAAAGCGAAUACGGCCAUGGUGUACGUUCUGUUAACAGAUCUGAAAAAAUGAAAAUGAAGAAAGUUGUUGAUGUCAUGUUUAAACACCAGAAUAACUUUCUAUAUAAUAUAAAUCAGAAACAGUACUUCACGUACAAAGCCCUUUGUGCCGUCACCAAGGAGAAGAAACGCCUCAUGAAGGAAAAAUACAAACGCCAACAAGAGCGAUUACGUUUAGGAUUUCAACAACAGACAACGCUAUCAUUGCUACCAGAAAAAUCAAAAAUCAAAAAGAAGAAACCAAAGGCAAAACAAGAUGUGGAUAAUGUAAAUACAACAGAGAAGGUUGAAAAUAGUAGAGAUGAACCGCCUGGCCCCGGACUACCCCGAAAUGACUCCCCCUAUAACGCAAUAGACGAUAGGGUAAUCAAAGAAUUAAAAUAUACUCAAAAUGAAGUAAAAUUACCUAAAAUUCCAGGAAUUCCAAAGCCACCUGAGAAACGUUUAGUGAAGACUGUAUCACGAAAUGCACUUGUACCGAUAGCUGAAGAUGAUAGUGCCAAAACUAACCCUGGGGAGAUGCAUCCUCAACCCCCUAAAACUCCCGCAAGAACCAUAGGAACGCCUCAUUCUGUGAGGUCCUCUAGUGGUAAAGUCAUUGACCUUCACCUCCGUCAGCCAGAAUAUCCGGUUACUAAACUCAAACGCGAGAAAUCUGUAUCAUUUGUAACUGAUGAAAAGUCAAAAGAAGAUGUAAAGGAAGAGUCUAAUGGAGAUGGACACCUUUUAGAACGCACAGAUGAGUUGACUAAAAGCAAUCUGGAUUUACACGAAGCUCGAGUCAAUGCUGAUGUUUUGAAGGUUAACCACGCGGGUGACAAAACUAACGAUGAUGACAUCAUUGAUAUGGUCAACAGAGCAAACUCUAAUGUCUCUAUACCGAAAUCAAGGCGAAUGACAAAGAGGCACAAAACCCACUCAAAAAUCAAACGGACAAAAUCAAGGUCAAAACGAUCGAAAUCAAGAUCAAAGAGUCGUAAUUCAAACCACAAAGACACUGAAUGUUCAGACGAAGAAGAUGGGGGAAAACCAAAAUCAAAACGAAAACAUUCUAGGAAUAAGCCUAGAUCUAAGGGCUCGUUUCUUCCAGAGAUGUCAAACCUUACUAUUGACCCUGAUAUAAAGAUCAAGAAGGAACUUACAGUUGCUGAGAUCAACGAUCGCUAUGUUAAAAUGAGAGACAAAAUGUAUGCUGAUAUCAAAACUGAAUUCGUGCAGAAUUACAGAAAGGACAACAGUGGAAAUCUGGUUCCGAUCAAUGGAGGUGUGGUCCGGAGAGAAUUUAUUGUGCCAUCUGAUAGGCCGAAAUACUUAAGGAGAAAAGCACUGCAGUAUCAACGAGAUAGCAUUGUAAAACAGAAGAUUAAAAUUGAAGAAUUCUUUAAUAAUCUGCAUGAUCCAUAUGUACCAAAAGAUGGAGCUCAAGGUCAUCGGGCUGGGCAGCCCCCGCACUCAUCGGAUUCUUGGGCUAACAGGGACACACCUACACAUCGUCACAUGGCGGGUGGACCGGGUCUCAAUAGACAUGGCUGGCCACAAAUGUAUCAGCAACGGGCUACAAUAGAAGUUUCAAAUGGAAAUCAGUAGUUCGCUAUAGUUUUAUUUGACAUUUGACUAAAAAAUGUAUAUGCCAAGAAUUUA